AGCUGAUGGCCGGUUAUCAGUUCGCCCAAUUGGAUACGUGGAUUUUCUUUAAAUAAUCAAGUAUUGGAAUCCAACAUCCAUUGUUUUUAACAAUUUCAUCUGGUUUUAACAUUUUACAUCUUGUUACCUCAGUAUUGUGCCAUCAAAUCAUUCCUUGUGUAAAAUGUCUACAGCAAAUUUACAAAGAGAUGAGCUCUUAUUGCUUUUUGAUGUGGAUGGUACACUAACCCAUCCACGCAGCAAUAUUCAACCAGAAUUCGAAGCAUUCCUGUACUCAAAAGUGAAGCCACGGGCAAAUAUUGCAACUGUUGGCGGUUCAGAUUUGGAAAAAAUGUUUGAACAAUUGAAUGGUAAAAAAAUACUUGAGGAAUUUGAUUUUCUCUUCCCUGAAAAUGGCUUAGUGCAAAUUGAUCAUGGGAAAGAAGCUGGAAAACAAAACAUAAUACAACACCUUGGCGAACCCACUUUGAAACGGUUUAUUAAUUUUGUACUACGUUAUUUGUCUGAACUGGAUUUGCCAAUUAAGCGUGGUACUUUCAUAGAAUUCAGAAAUGGUAUGAUGAAUGUAUGUCCAAUGGGUAGACAAUGUACGCGUUCGGAGCGAAACAUGUUCGUCGAAUACGAGAAAAAACAUCCUGUGCGUGAAGAAAUGAUUAAAAUACUUCAAAAAGAAUUCGUAGAUGUUGAUCUACAAUACAGUAUUGGUGGCCAAAUCAGUUUUGACGUGUUUCCAAAAGGUUGGGAUAAAACAUAUUCUCUGCGAUAUAUUGAGGCCAAUUACAAAUUUAAAGAAAUACACUUUUUCGGUGAUAAGACUGAACCCGGCGGCAACGAUUACGAAAUUUUUAUUGACCCACGCGUGAUAUCGCAUAAAGUCGCCACGCCUGAUGACACGCGCCGUAUACUUACAGAAUUGCUGCAACUUUCCAAUCCUUAAAUUGCAUUUUAUGUCUUUCCUUGCUUGCUCUUUUAACAUUUAAUAAGAAUCGUUAAUAAUAAAUAUAUAGCCAAGUAUUUUUCUAAAAGACUUACAAAGACGAAAAUCUAUGUAA